ACAACAAAGAAACAUGGCUGGCUAGGGAAAAACAUCAGCCCCAGUGAGAGUGACUCAGCGCGUUUUUUUAUACCUGAGAUGAGAUUUUUUUUCCACACCGCCACUCGGUUGUUCUGGACUUCUAGUGGAAUCUGAAACUGAGAAAAAAAAAUGAAGAAGAGUGAUAAGAAAGACAGAAAUGCCAACGCCAACAAAUUUGACUUGGAGCCUUUGUCUCCUUCCCCCUGCCUAGGAAUUUCCGACGACGAGCUGGUUUCCAUCUCGGUUCGAGAUUUGAACAGACAGCUGAAGCUACGGGGUUUGACAAGAGAAGAGAUUGUUAGAAUGAAACAACGUCGUAGAACUUUAAAAAAUAGAGGCUAUGCAGCAAGUUGCCGCAUCAAGCGUAUAGAGCAAAAGGAUGAGCUCGAGCAAGAAAAAGUUGGGGAACUUUCUGAAACAGAGAAACUUGCUGAAGAUAAUGGAAAGAUCCGUGAAGAAAUUGAAGCUCUCCAUCGAAAAUAUGAAGCUCUUCAAAAAUUUGCCCUACAGAAGAAGAUUCCAUUGCCCCCAGAAAUGGAUCCACUCCAUUAAUACUUUGUUUUCCUGCAAUUUUUACCACUAGCCCACAAAAAAAAGGGGUAAAAGGGUCAAAGCCAUACUGGAUUCCUGUGACAACACAGUUUUUGAAUUUUCACGAGGAAAGCUGGGUAACAUUGGAACUGGAUCAUUCUCGAGUAAAGCCGAGAAAUACACAUUAUACAUACCAUGUA